CUGAGCGAGCCAGCUGGAGGAUCGCCGAAGAAAGUGAGCGAGUGGUCGAGGUCGGGUCACUUGUUCUGGGCUGACCCUGAGAAUUGGAGGGGUAGCUCGAUAGCGGCGCCGCAUCUCGAGCAGGUGCCCUGUCGUCAAGACGACAUCGUGCUGCCGAGUGGUAAUCGUACAUUCAGCGUGCUUCUGCCGGUGAGGAGCAUCGAGGUGAGAUCGGUCAGAACCACGAGCAACCGCGGGCAAUCGUAUAGCGCAUGGCAGUGGGCAGACAUGGACCGGAAAAGGGAGUUCGAGAAGGGAAUAUUCACGGUGAAGUGCGUCUCCCUUGUCCUUGUACGCGGACUACAGCUGCGACAAAUGUCCCUGCCAAGACGAUCCGAACGGCUACUAUCUGGAAGAGAUCUGCGCCAUCGAGAGGCCAAAGUGUGGAUUCACAGCCUGCGAAUAUCCUUUAUGGGUAUCCUUAUUAUUGUCCAACUAAUAAAAAUAGUUCGCUCGAGCUUUCUCCUCGUAAUUGAAAACGUCCCCGGUUAUACUGAAGUGACAUUGAAACGUCACGUAGGUGGAGGGCCAUUGCUGUCGAUACUGUGGCGGUCGAGUAUCUUUGACGAAGAAAGCGUCUUUGUCGAUGGUUCGAGCGGCGAUCGACGAGGCUUUGGAAGGAUACGCGACAAAACUCGCCUGGCACGUCAGACGUACCUGGAACGGGCCGGUCGAGCUUCUGAUAAAAAAAAGGGGCGAUUAUUCGGAACUCGAUAUCCUCGAAGCCACGGAAGACGCGAAGAAAGCCCUUCUAAGUAUGUAUAUUCGCUUAAUCUAGAGAUUUCUGGAUUCAUACUGCAAAGAAUGAAAUCUUCAGUGACUUUUGCUAUACUAUAUUCUAACGAAAUUGCAACUUCAUCGUCAUUGGGACAACAUCAUUCUAUCUAUGACUUUGUAACAUCAUACUGUUCCUGCCGGUAAUUCGUUUUCAUUUCUUUUGCAAAGUUUCUUAUUUGUUGAGAAGAAAGUAUAUUCUAUAACUUAUUAUAUUAUUAUUUGAGUAGCUUUGCUUAA